AUGGGUUGGAUCCCGUGUUCAGGGAAGAGGUCUAAGAGAAGGAGGAACAUUGACGAAAAGCUCAGCAGGACUUGCUCUGUCUCUACUUCAGAGAAAUCUAAGGCCAGAUCGUUGGUGAGCGGAUCCAAAAGCAGAGGGUCUGACAAUGUUGUGGCACAAAAGUUUACAUUCUCUGAGCUAGCUACUGCCACUAGAAGCUACAGGAAAGAAUGCCUUAUAGGAGAAGGAGGAUUCGGUAGAGUUUACAAAGGAUACUUAGCAGGCACUAGCCAGGUUCUUGGAUUCCACGAACACACACGACAGACAAAUUGA